AUGGACCAGCGGGAAUUCUUUGCAGAGGCCACUGAGGCCCAGCGCUACAAGCUGUCUGAGGUCAUCGGCAAGGGCAGCUACGGCGUGGUCGCCUCCGCGGUCGACCAGUUCACAGGCGAGAAGGUAGCGAUCAAGAAGAUCACAAAUGUGUUUGACCACGUGUCAGACGCGACCCGCAUCCUGCGGGAGAUCAAGCUGCUGCGCCUGCUGCGCCACCCGGACAUUGUGGAGAUCAAGCACAUCAUGCUGCCGCCCUCGGCCCGCGAGUUCAAGGACAUCUACGUCGUGUUUGAGCUCAUGGAGACUGACUUGCACCAGGUGAUCAAGGCCAACGACGAUCUCACCCCCGAGCACCACCAGUUCUUCCUGUACCAGAUGCUGCGCGGCCUGAAGUACAUCCACUCGGCAAAGGUGUUCCACCGCGACCUCAAGCCCAAGAACAUCCUGGCCAACUCCGACUGCAAGCUGAAGAUCUGCGACUUCGGUCUGGCCCGCCCCGCCUUCAACGACAUGCCCCAGACCGUGUUCUGGACGGACUACGUGGCAACGCGCUGGUACCGCGCCCCCGAGCUCUGCGGCUCCUUCUUCGCCAAGUACUCCCCCGCCAUUGACAUCUGGUCCAUUGGCUGCAUCUUUGCCGAGAUCCUGCUGGGCAAGCCGCUGUUCCCGGGGCGCAACGUGGUGCACCAGCUGGAGCUGAUCACAGACCUGCUGGGCACGCCCAGCCCGGAGGUCAUCGCAAAGGUGCGCAACGAGAAGGCCCGCCGCUUCCUGAUGAACAUGCGGAAGAAGCCGGGCAUCCCGUUUGAGCAGUACUUCCCCAAGGCGGACAAGGGCGCGCUGCGCCUGCUGUGGCGCCUCCUGGCCUUUGACCCCGCCGAGCGCCCCACCGCGGAGGAGGCGCUGGCGGACCCCUACUUUGCCGGGCUGAGCCAGCCCAGCCGCGAGCCCAGCGCCCAGCCCAUCAGCAAGCUGGCGUUUGAGUUUGAGCGGCGCAAGCUGGUGGUGGAGGAGGUGCGGCUGGUGCUGGUACGGGAUCUGAUCUACCGUGAGAUCCUGGAGUACCACCCCCAGAUGCUGGCCGACUACCUGGCGGGCGGCCACCGGCAGCCCAACUUUGUCUACCCGUCUGCGGUGGACAACUUCAAGCGCCAGUUUGCGCACCUGGAGGCGGGCGGGCGCGGGCAGGCCAACCCCAACCUGGGCCAGGCCACCAGCCUGCCGCGCGAGCGGGUGAGCGAGUUCCGCUCGGAAGCUGCCAAGUACCUGGCGGCGCAGCGCGGCACGCAGCACAUGAGCGGCGUGGUGGGUGCCACCGCGUACGGCAGCCAGCCGGGCGGCGCCGGCGGCGCGGGGCUCGGCGUGCCGUAUGCCGCGCAGCCGCCGCCGCCGGGCGGCUACGGCGCCCAGCCCGCCGCCUACCCCUACGGGAGUUCUGUAGACAUGGAGGGGGCGGUGGAGAUGCUGGGGAGCUCUGUGGAGAAGAUGAGCAUGAUUGACGCGCACAGCGGCUUCCCCACAGACGCCUCGGGCUACAUGCACCACCACCAGGCCAAACCGCCGCCGCCCACGGCAUACCCCGGGGCGGCGCCGGGUGCGGGGCCCUACCCCGUGAACAAGCACCUGACGGGCGCCUACCAGCAGCAGCAGCAGCAGCAGCAGCAGCAGCAGAACCUGAUCAGGUCCAAUAGUGCUGUCUGA